AUGGAAAAGAGUAGUACCAUCAUUUCCAAAACUGUCACCCCAACGGCGCUUCCCGACCCUGAACUCAUUUCCCAUCUAGAUCAGACCGUUCUCUUCGCCCUCAUCUCCUGCGCCAGGGCUGGCUACAUCGGAGGCUACGCUGCCGCUCCAACACUCACCUACGGCUAUGCCGGUGGCUACAGUUAUGCUUCUCCAGCAGUUGCCACCGUUGCUCAUGCUCCAGCUAUCUCUUACGCCGCACCGGCACUCGCUACUGUAGCACACGCUCCAGUCGCUGUAGCUCAUGCUCCACUCGCCACCUCCUACGCAAACACUUACAGGACUGUGAACAAGCCAAUCGCCGUUGCCGCCCCAGCUGUAUCCUACGCUGCCCCAGCCGUCUCCUACGCCGCACCCGCAGUCUCCUACGCUGCACCCGCCGUUUCCUAUGCCGCCCCAGCAGUUGCAACCGUCGCCCACGCUCCAGUUGCCACUUCUUACGCUAGCACUUACAGGACUGUCAACAAGGCUGUAGCUGUCGCUGCUCCCGCUGUCUCCUAUGCCGCCCCAGCUGUCUCCUAUGCAGCUCCCGCAGUCUCUUAUGCUGCUCCAGCUAUCACCACUGUAGCCCAUGCUCCAGCAGUGUCCUACGCCGCCCCAGCCGUUGCCACUGUCGCCCAUGCUCCAAUCAGCUAUGGUCUCGGCCUCAGGUCUGCCUACGGUCUUGGCAGCUACGGAUACGGUCUUGGAUACAGGUCUGCCUACGGUCUCGGCUAUGGAUAUGGUGGAUAUGGACUUGGAUCCACCCUCCUCCACCACUAAAUUUCUUUAUGAAGAAGUACCUGAAUCUCAACUAUUCCUGCUCCAUAAUAUUUAUUCCUCUUGUAAAUACUGUUAAAUACAACUUUU